CGGGGCCAGGAGGGGCGGCCUCCGCGGGGCGGGCGCGGGGCGGUGCGGUGGCGGCGGCGGCGGCGGGCGGCGCAGAGGGGACCCCUGGCCGGAAAAGCGCCAGCUCGCCGCGAUGCCUGUGCGCCCCGGACGUCUGCUCCCGCCGCCGUCGGCCGGGCCGCUGGCCCCCGCUGUCACGCUGCUCCUGCUGCUGCUCCUGGGCCCCGGCGGCGGCGGGCGCGGGGGCGCCUGGGCCGAGGCGUCGGGGUCAGCGGACGCGACCCCAGAAUCUGCCGGGGCCCCCGAGCUGGACCCGCAUGCCAAGCACCUGUACACAGGCGAGAUGUUCAAGCACGGCAUCCGCAGCGCCGCGCACUUCGUCAUGUUCUUCGCGCCCUGGUGUGGUCACUGCCAGAGACUACAGCCCACCUGGAAUGACCUGGGAGACAAGUACAACAACAUGGAAGACGCCAAAGUCUACGUGGCUAAAGUCGACUGUACGGCCGACUCUGAAGUGUGCUCUGCCCAGGGGGUGCGAGGAUACCCCACCUUGAAGUUCUUCAAACCUGGCCAGGAAGCUGUGAAGUACCAGGGCCCACGUGACUUCCAAACCUUGGAGAACUGGAUGCUGCAGACACUCAACCAGGAGCCUGAGCCUGAGCCUGAGCCUGCUCCAGAGCUAGAAGCUGAAGUACCCCAGCCCCCCGAGCGUAGGCAAGGGCUGUACGAGCUGGCUGCCAAUAACUUUGAGCUGCACGUGGCACAAGGCAACCAUUUUAUCAAGUUCUUCGCUCCAUGGUGUGGCCACUGCAAAGCUCUGGCUCCAACGUGGGAGCAGCUGGCUCUGGGCCUUGAACAUUCAGAAACUGUCAAGAUUGGCAAGGUGGACUGCACUCAGCACCACGAACUCUGCUCAGCCAACCAGGUCCGUGGCUACCCCACUCUCCUCUGGUUCCGGGAUGGCAAAAAGAGUGACCAGUACAAAGGGAAGCGGGAUUUGGAGUCUCUCCGGGAGUAUGUGGACACACAGCUGCAAGGCACAGAUGGGGAAGCCUCUGAGACCAGGGGGACCCCAGAGAGCAGGCAGCCAACUGAGGCCCCUCUACUGGCUGCCCAACCUGUUGCUGACAAGGGCACUGUGUUGGGACUUACUGAGAAUAACUUCGAUGACACCAUUGCAGAAGGAAUAACCUUCAUCAAGUUUUAUGCACCUUGGUGCGGACAUUGUAAGAACCUGGCUCCGACUUGGGAGGAACUCUCUAGAAAGGAAUUCCCUGGUUUGGCAGAGGUCAAGAUAGCCAAGGUGGACUGCACCGCUGAACGGAACAUCUGCAACAAGUACUCGGUACGGGGCUAUCCCACGCUUCUGCUUUUCCGCGGAGGAGACAAAGUCAGUGAGCACAACGGAGGUCGAGACCUGGAGUCGCUACACCACUUUGUUCUGGGCCAAGCCAGGGACGAGCUGUAAACCUGGGUAGAAGCUGCUGCCUCUGCUAGUACCCCAGGAGCUAAGUCGUUCAGCAAGCUGAGGCUACAAUUGUGGCAUCUUCCUUGUGCGUGUCCUAAGCCAACACACGAUCAGUUCUGGAAUAAGUCUCUCUACAUAAAUGUAAAGCCCCUUUGCAAACUUAAGUAUUUUCAGUGGCCAACUUUCCUCCCAUUUUCUCAGUGAAAUCUAAAUGGUUACUUUGAGACUGAAAGAGUUAAGGAAAAUCUAAUUGCUGAACAA